CUAAUUCUGCGUUCUACUUUUCUAUAAUUCUAUGCUCAUUGCUAUUUCUCAUUCUUAAAAAUCAAUCAUGCAUGAACAGAUUCAUUCUACUUACUUUACUUCUUUUAUCAUCUCAACAUCAAUAUUUCAUCCACAAAUCCAUACCUAUAACUUCAUAGCUGAAAUUUGUUAUAUUUGUUAAAUGAGCCGAACCUGAGGUUUCACAUGUUCAAGUCAUUACAUACAUACAUGGGGGUAUAUCUAGUGAUCAUGAGAUAUAACAAGACUUAUUCUUGAGACGAUACAACUACACAUGAAGAAUGAUGAUUGCUAAGGAAGAACCAUCUGGCAGCGGUAAACAGACGUUAAACUUGAUGCCAGCAGUACAGGAAUUGCACAAACUCAACUCUCAGGACCUUUGUAGAUUAUUAAAGGAUGCUGGCAAUUUUUCUGUUCGCUACCGUACUGGAAAAGGAGUGCUGCUGGAGAUUGAUAUGGACAAGCUUGCAAGAUCUCUUCCAUUGCAUCUUACUACAAUACUAAUUUUUUCUAGUAGAGAUGACGUUGUGUUCAGAUAUGUGUCGUGUGGUAUUCGUCUGUUGCAUUCCUUGUGUGAUUUAUCCCCCCGCCUUCCUAAAUUUGAUCAGAUUUUUCUACAUGAUGUGAAAGUGGUGGAACAGAUGAUUGAUUUGGUUUUCUACAUGCUUAUUAUUCUUGGUACCUACAGACAGGUAUUCCAGGAAGAUCAUGCUUUUAAAUUCAAGUACCUUUCGCAUUCUGCACUCGUAGCAUGCAGCUUACAUCUAUUGACAGGGUUUAUAUCGACACAGUUUCAAGAUAUUGCCAAUGUUUUGCUUGCACACCCAAAGGUUGACUUAUUUAUGGAUGUAGCUUUUGGAUCUGUUCGUGUGGUUGUUAGGUGUCUUGAGAUUACAUUGAUAGCUUGCUACAAAGAUUCUGCCAUGGAAUCAAAUCUUUCGUCCGAACAAGUAGCUUACUUUCUCUGCCAGCAAUGUGAGGCUUCUCUACAGUUUAUUCAGUCAUUGUGCCAGCAGAAAUUGUUUAAGGAGCGCCUGCUCAAUAAUAAGGAACUAUGUGAAAAGGGAGGCAUUCUUUUCCUUGCUCAAUCUAUCUUGAAGUUAAACAUUCAAUCAUCUUUUCCAUCUAGGAUUGUGGCUGGAAUUUCAAGGCUGAAAUCCAAAAUACUAUCCAUUCUGCUGAGUUUGUGUGAAGCAGAAAACAUUUCUUAUCUUGAUCAAGUAGCCACCUCAGCACAAAGUUUAGAUUUGGCUAAGUCUGUUGCGUCGGAGGUUUUCAACUUGUUGAAGACUGCUUUUGGAAGAAAUCCCAGGCAUCUCACCACUACUGAUAGAAGAUACCCAAUUGGGCUUUUACAGCUUAAUGCAAUGCGUCUAGCUGACAUUUUCUCUGAUGAUACAUACUUUCGUUCUUACAUAACAGAUUAUUUUACUAAUGUUCUGACAGCAAUAAUAUCACUCUCCCAUGUGGAUUUUUUAUCCUCUUGGUGUUCGUCUGAUCUCUCAGAAACAGAGGAGGAUGCAAGUAUUGAAUAUGAUUUAUUUGCUACAGUUGGAUGGAUUUUGGAUAAUAGUUCGUCAAUGGAUAUACAAAAUCCAACAGUCUUGGAAUUGAAGAUGACGCGUAACAUCAUGCCUUCUACAUCUUAUGCACAUAACAGGACAUCAUUACUUGUCAAGGUUAUUGCAAACCUUCAAUGUUUUGUUCCCGACUGUUGUGAAGAAAAGGAGAGGAACCAUUUCAUUCAAAAGGUCCUGGAGUGCCUGCAAAUGGACCUAUCUAAUUUGCUGCCUGGGUUUUCUUUCGAAUCUGAUGCUCCUAAAGCUGCUACUGUUAGCAAGAACCUACGCUCUUUGUUAAGUCAUGCAGAGUCUUUGAUGCCAAACUUUUUAAACGAGGAGGAUGUCCAACUUCUAAGGGUAUUUUUUCGCGAAAUACAAACACAAUUUACUUCUUCUGGCUCUGAGGAAAAUCCUGUUCAAGUGGAUCAGAGUCUAGGGGUCCGCUCAUCGUUUCUACAAGUAAAAGAACCUGCUGAACUCGAUACAAAGGUUGGUAACUUGAAGGAGGGAAUGUCUGAGAAUUCUGCAUUUCCAAGCAUAGAUCAGCAUGUUGGAGGUAAAGGUGCGACUAAUAAGUCUGUGUUAAGAGGAACAAGAGAUAUGGACAAGGAUGCUCAGAACGCUGAAUCAAGUGGUUCAGAUACUAGUUCUGCAAAAGGAAAUAAUGUCCUUAAUAAUGCAAAUAACGGUGAGUCAAAAUCAAUGGAGCGUCUCAGCAAAGUUGUAGUUGAUGAAACUCUAGAGGAUCAAAAGGUUAAAUCUCUACAAAGAAGAAAACGAAAGAGAACUACAAUGAAUGAUAAAACGGCAGAAUUGAUGGAGAGUUCACUCUUGGAUGAGCCAGAUAUGCAGCAAAAUGAGCUAGAGAACGAAAAGGUUGGACCUCUACAAAAGAGAAAACGACGAACUAUAAUGAAUGAUAAAAUGGUGGAAUUGAUGGAGAGGGCGCUUUUGGAUGAACCAGAUAUGCAGCGAAAUGCAGCUUCACUUCAAUCAUGGGCUGAUAAAUUAAGUCAACAUGGUGAAGUUACCCCCUCUCAGCUUAAAAAUUGGUUAAACAACCGAAAAGCUAAGCUAGCCCGCACCAAGGAUGGUUCCGUGCCAGAUAAGCAAAAAGGGCCAGUAAGAGUGUCCUCUGACUCACCUGACAAUCUUGGUCUUCUAGAUAUUGUUCGUCAGCAUGCUGUGAUUGUAAACGUGCGAGGAGAGGAGAUAGGCAAAGGAAGGGUAGUUCAGGUGAAUGGCAAGUGGUAUGGGAAGAAAUUGGAGGAAUUAGGGGCCUAUGUUAUGGAUGUUUAUGAGCUACAUGCUGAUAAAGGGAUGAAGUUACCCUUCCCGUCAGAAGCUACUGGUACUACAUUUGCAGAGGCUGAAAAAAAGUUAGGUGCCAUGAGAGUGUUAUGGGAUUCGCGCAGAAUUCUUGUACUGCAGUCUGAAUGAGCUCAAAGGCUCAAUGAUGGCUGCCUGCUAGCUUCAAGGUAUUACAAAUACCAGCAGUUACCCCCAUACAAACAACUUUCGUGAAAUGUUAAAAAACAUUAACUUAAAAACAAAUUUAACUAUGAAAAAUUACAAAAAUUGGUUUAAUUAAUUGAAAAUUAGUUUGAUAAUGGUUUUUUGGGAAUUGGAUUCUUUGCGGUAAACUUACGCAUUAAUCAAUCCUGACCAUUGAUUUGACCAUUGAUUUGAGAUUAGACAGGUCAAAUUAUACACUUAGUAAAAUAAUGUUAAGCAAUCUCUGCCAUCAAUUUGAGAUCGGACAAUCAAGAUCUAUAAUUGCGUAGCAAGGAAAUCCAAAUCCGACUUACCAAUGUCCAAAGUAUUGCUCUAUGUGUAAAUUGAUUGAUUGAAGUUUGAUUAAAGCAACAUUUAAGAUAUACUUAGUUCAAACUGUGUACUAAUGCAUUUUCUGAAUAUUACAAUUUGAUAUAUGUAUUUUCUGAAUAUUUUUUUGAA